AUAAUUCACGCUAUCAUCAAUUUACCACUCAAACGAACAGAUUCAAAACCUUUCAAUUUCAGUGCUCUUGACUCAAAUUGCACGAUUUCACUCCUCUCUUAUCAUAAUUCCUAUUUCAUCACAUCUUUGGUCUUUUAUCUUAUCCUCCUCUUUUUACAUCUCCUUAAUCUUCUCAUACCAAUGGCUUAUCAGACCAACAAAGGAGCCACCUCCUCCUUCUCUUCUUCCUCUUCUUUUUCUUCCUCUUCUUCCCCUCACCAAUGGAGCUAUGACGUUUUCUUAAGUUUUAGAGGUGAAGAUACCCGUAAUGGUUUUACAAGCCAUUUACAUAAAACUUUGUGUGACAAGGGUUUUGACACCUUCAUUGAUAAUAACCUUCAGAGAGGAGGAGAAAUUUCAAUUGAACUUCUUAAAGCCAUUGAAUCAUCAAAAGUUUCAAUUAUUGUGUUUUCUGAAAACUAUGCUUCUUCUUCUUGGUGUUUGGAUGAACUUGUCAAGAUUCUGGAGUGUAAAAAAAAUAUUGGCCAAUUAGUUUUACCUAUUUUUUACCAUGUGGAUCCAUCAGAAGUACGUGGACAAAAGAGAGAGUUUGGGGUGGCCUUGACAAAAUAUGAAGAAACAUUCAAAGAUAAUAUUGACAAGGUGCAGAAUUGGAGGAUAGCUUUAAAGGAAGUUGGUAGUUUGUCUGGAUGGCACUAUAAGAAUAGUGACACUGAAUCUAAAUUUAUCCAAACAAUCGUUGAAAAUAUACCAAGAACUAUAUUAAAAUGCAAGCCAGUAUUUGUUGGCGAACGCCUUGUUGGAGUAAAACCUCGUGCCAAGGCCGUAGAAUCACUUUUAAGUAUUGAGUUAAAUGAAUUCCGCAUGGUAGUGAUUCAUGGCUUUUCCGGAAUAGGUAAGACUACAAUUGCAAAAGCAGUUUAUAACAGAAUUGCUAAUCAUUUUGAUAGAAGCAGUUUUUUAGAGAAUGUUAGAGAAACUUCGAAGACAAAGGAUGGCAUUAUCAAACUACAAGGUCAACUUCUUAAAGAGAUUUUAGGGGAUGAAAAUUUGAAAAUUCACAGCAUAUCUGAAGGAAUCAAUUUGAUAAAAAAGGGACUUUGUUGUAAAAAGGUUCUUUUAAUUCUUGAUGAUGUGGAUACAUUGGAAAGAAUAAAAAAUUUGCUUGGAGAUUGUAAUUGGUUUGCUCCAGGAAGUAGAGUCAUUAUAACAACAACAACAAAUCCACAAUUUUUAGCUACUCUUGGAAAAGUUUGUACAACUUAUGAGGCCAAGAAAUUAGAGAAACAUGAAGCUCUUCAACUCUUUGAAAAGCAUGCCUUCCUUGGAAAGAAAGCCAAUAAAGAUUAUUCAAAACUUACAAACCAAGUUAUACAGUAUGCCCAAGGCCUUCCAAUAGCUCUUAUAAUAAUAGCUCGUGAUUUGUGUGGAAGAACUAAACAUGAAUGGGAAAUUACAUUAGAUAAGUAUAACAAAAUUCCCAAUAAAGACAUUCAAGAAGUACUUAGAGUAAGUUAUGAUGGACUAGAGGAAAUCGAACAAGAUAUUUUCCUCGAUAUUGCAUGUUUCUUCAAGGGAUGGACCAAGGGUUAUGUUGUAGAUAUAUUAAAUGCUUGUGAUUUAUAUCCAGAUUAUGGUAUUUCAAGACUUGUUAAUAAGUGUCUCAUUACUAUGGAUCAAUAUGGUAUAUUGUUAAUGCAUGACUUGAUACAAAAAAUGGGUAGGGAAGUUGUUCGACAAGAAUCUAGACAUAUUCUUGGAAAACGUAGCAGGAUAUGGCAUCAUAAAGAUGCUCUUGAAGUACUAAUUGGAAAUAAGGGGACGGACGAAAUUCAAGGUAUAAUGUUGCAUUCACCUAAACCGGUAAAGUUGCAACUACAUCCUGAUGUUUUCAAAAGGAUGACAAAUCUCAGGAUACUUAUUGUAAAUAACUUACAUAUUUGUGAAGCAAUUCAAUAUUUUCCCAACGGGAUAAGACUUCUUAGUUGGCCUAAGUAUCCAUUUCCCUUGCCAUCCAACUAUUGUCCUCAACAACUUGUUAGUCUCCAUAUGCCAGAUAGUCGCAUUGAGUUGGAAAAGCUAUGCAAGCAGGUGUUCCAGUUAGAAAAUAUGAAACAUCUCAAUCUCCGUGGUUGUAAAUUUAUAACCAAAUUACCUGAUUUACGCACCCCAAACUUGGAGACAUUGGACCUUUCUGAUUGUGAAAAUUUAGUUAAGAUUCACGAGUCCGGUGAAUUUCUUCAUAAGCUUAAAACGUGGAAUCUUGAUAAUUGCAAAAAACUUCAAAAUCUUCCAAACAACCUCAUGUUGACAUCUCUUGAAGUUCUUGAUACAUUAUCCCUUCGUGGUUGCAAAAACCUUCGGGAUCUUCCAGAUGGCAUUUAUAAAUUGCAACUGCUUUGGCAGCUCUGGACUCCUACCGCCAAAUUGAGACCGACAUGCAAUUCUUUUGAUAGCUCCUCCGGUUAUGGGUUUCUGAAGAUGGAAUUCCUGGAUUUCAAUUACUAUAAAAACGUAAUUGAAUUAGAUCUUUUGAUGAAGCCUGAUUACUUCCCAGCAUUGAGUUUGAUAUUUCUAGCUGGAACCAAUAUUAUUACCAUCCCCGAAAGCAUUAGCAGAUUUCCUAGUUUAAGUACACUUCAUAUUGAGAAUUGCAAGCACCUUCGUGAAAUUCAAGGACUUCCACAAUCGAUAAGGUAAUAGAAAUUAUGGGGAUUUUACCGAAGGGAGUAUGUGGUAGUGCAAGAAGCAAUGAAUUAAUGGAUCCCCAGUUCACCGAUUACUUCCCAUCUGAAACUGAAUCUGAAUCUGAAUCUGAAGAUGGGUACAUAUCACAGUUCCCC